CAAGAAAGAACAAAUCGCGAAGACAUUGUCACGCGCAGGGGAAUAAUGUUUUUUUGAGCAGUGUUGUUGAAGGGUCGUGGGCGAGAAAUGAUAAUGAAAAACAAAUGUCUGACGUGCUGAAGCCGCGGCAGUAAUCGCUAAGCCACCAGCGCGAUUAGCACCCGUACGACAGAAAUAAGCGCAAGGCAAGGGAACAGGAAAAUGCAGGUCCAGCAAGGUGGGCAGACGACGCUGGCCGGCGGGCAAGCGAAGUACAGGGAGGAUGACAAGCACGCAACAAAUAUAAUGUACGACCGAAGGGUCGUGAGAGGUACAAUUUUGCUGGGUUCUUUUUCGGGCUGCAUACCAUCUUCACACUUGCGUACUUACCACGUUAACGUAUUAACUCACAUUCAUCUCUUUUCACAACCGACAAAGCUGUCCAAAUAUGACCAACACAGGUAAUACCUACGCCGCAUUAGUCGUGCCAGAAGAUGAUCCACAGCAGCUGGCGAGCCAAAGGGCAGCCCAGAGAAGAAAGCUUAAGGCCGCAAACCAACGAUUUCAGAGGGUACAUGAACGUUUUGGAAAGUUGGGAUAUCGUGCCUCGCUUUAUUUGAAGAUGUCGUGUCUCACGGCUUACCCUGCACAUCGAUCCACGAGCAAUCUUUUGCUGCCUUCUAGGGUGCAGCUUCAGCAUGGAAAACUUCUAAAAAAAUCUUCUUUUCAGCCCGGCACGCCAGAAGCAGUUCCGGGUAGGCAUCACAUGGACGUGCAGACAGACCCGUAUCUGGAAGAGCUCACACAGCGCGCAACGGAAUUUGAAGCGGAGACACAAACGGAUUUCCUCCUAGACCGACCCGCAACACCACUUUAUAUACCUGAGAAGGUACUACAAGUAGUUGUAGUACUCCAACUUUCACUUUCUUGGAAUUUGAACAUGUGUGGCGUCGAAGUAGGUACUUAUCGAGCUCCUCGCCGCCUCUUGUUCGUGUUGAUGAUAAACUAAUGUGCAAGGAAGUGAGCUCGCCCGUUGUUCAACAUGUAAGGAGGUGGAAAAAGUAAUGCAUUCUAUGCCGAAUCGAAAAAUCCUGAACCUGAUAAUUCCCAACGCACACCUACAGAGCGGGCAAGACGCAGCAACGCAAAUCGAGGACAAUGAUUUGUUUGACUUUGAUCUGGAGGUCGAGCCAUUGCUCGAGGUACUAGUGGGAAAGGCGCUGGAGAGGUCAAUGAUGGAAGUUUUGGAAGAGGAAGAGCUGAGCGCCAUGCGCCGGCACCAGGAGCACUUCCAGCAAAUCCGGGAGCAGGAGCUGGUCGAGGUGCAGAGAAUGGAGGUAAGUACUUACAACCUGGUUUAUCUACAGUUUUGGCAGCACUUCUGUCAUGCACAAAAGACAAUCACGAGUGAUAAAAUAUCACCGAACGCGAGGCGAUAGCGAUGCAAAUGCAAUGCGUGUUCUCGUGGUUGUGUGCCAUGAUUCAUCACGCGCCUUCAUCCGAAAUUUUCUCUUUUAACAAAAUUGUUUAUAAAUUUCACUGUAGAACAAUCAAGCGUAAAUAAAAAUAAACCCAUCAGGCCGUCGAGAACCGAAGACAAGAAGAAAUUUCCCGCAGAAAAGAGCAGUCCUCCGCAAGAAAACAAUUCGACGAGGCUGUCAUGCGAAAAGUAUAAUUGAUUUUUUUCCCCAUACUAGAAGUUAGGUUUUUUGUGAUUUGUGUUUUUAGAAAAAUUUCAGAGGAGGAUAUCAAAUUCCGUGGGCCUAAUACUGAGUCUGAGCCCCCCCCUCCAUGAUCCUCAUCACAUCCGUCUGAGAUGAAAAUUCCGACAACCCUCAGAUCCUUUCCCGAAAUGUGGCGCGAAGUUACCUGUCCGGGCUGCAAAACCGGUGCUUCGACGAGCUUUUCGUGUCAAAAGGAAAAAUCCCCCCUCCCCAUAUCGAAAUGGAAAUCUGUGAUGCAGGAUUUGGGUACACAAAUCGGAUCUGUCUUGCAGUAAGGCAUCGCAGCCAGCUCCUCGGCCUAGGUAGGGGCGUAUAGGUCUAGUUGCUUAGCAUUGCAAACGGGUGCCCCCUAGGCGCAACAGCAUGCCAAAGCGCUUCCAUAAUGGUGCGGAAGCCUCUGCGCCUGUCUUCUUGCAAGACAGACGUGAUUUGUGACCUCAAAUCAGCAACGCAAAUUUUCGGAAACAUACCUUUUCGAUAUGGGGAGGGGGGAUUUUUCCUCUCAAUAUUUCGACGCGGGUGUUUUUCACGACAGCAAUCUCAUCGCAGUGGAGGGAAUGUUUCUGCCAUGGCUUCUGGACUCCGUCAAGGACCGGGUCACCAAACUCGCAAGUCAUCAGAAGGUAAGUCGAAUCCGAAGUGGAGAAGUUCGUUGUGAAGAAGUUAUUGUGCGUCUUCAUGAAUUUUAAUUUUUUGCACGCGGGUCGUUCGUUUCGGAUAUGAAUCUCAUUGGUAGCAAGAUGAGGUGAUUUUUUGUUCUACUUUGUCGUGAAAAUGAAACAGGCACUCGAGAGCGCGGUCGCGGACGUUGCCGAGGGCAAGACACUAGCACACGACCGGGUCUUGGCCGUCUACGAGGCGGAAAGGGACGAGUUGGAGGCAGCGGAGAGACGAAUCCGAGCAGAAAGGGACGAGGAAAACAAGAUCGCCGCAAUGGAGGCUGUAUCAAUUGCAAAAGUAUCGCACUCGUAUAAAUGCAUUACAAAUUUCAAUUUCCUCUGCGGGAAAAAUAAAAUUUGCAUAUGCAAGACUUGCACUUAUACAACGAGUGCGAUACUUUUGCACUGGAUAGGCUGCGCGAAUCGCGGCGGAGGAGAAGCGAAUCGCAGAAGCAGAGCCAGAGGAUUGGGUCAAGGAGGUAAGUAAUACUAUCAUAUCCGAUUGAAUUUGAUGAGAAAGACAACGAGGUUGAUUGGUGCACGAGUAUGAGCAAGACCCUUGACUAGGUUUGUUUUCCGCGACGCAUCAUGAUCGAUACUAUUGAUAGGGUGAGGAUGGAGGCCAAAAAACAUUAAAACAGUUUACCUGCGUCGAGUACAAUGAAGAGGAGAAUUUAGUGACCCUCGACGACGAAUCGAGUGACACCACCGUCCCAGAGGAGUUAGUGGAGGAGUUGAAAGCCCGCGUUGCCGCGGAAAGCGAAAAGGAGGAGAAGGUGCCGAUCUUUGUCAAGGUAAACAAGACCCAGAAGGUGGUGCUCGAGAUCAUUCCCGCCCCCGUGGUUGAGGAGGAACCACCCGCGGACGAGGAGGCCCCACCAGCGGAUGAGUAAGUGAACACUCCAGCUUUUGUUUGUCGUAGCACACAGUCUCGCUCAACAGCUGAGCAGGCCAGCAGAGAAUCUUCAAUCACAAAAAAACUCAGAAUCAAACAGUUAACCAUUAGAAUAAAACAAGUCAAAAGAACUUCGAGUUCAGAGAAACAGAGAAUCUAUUUUACAAUCAGCAGAAGUAGCAGAGGCACACUAUUUAUUCAUCAGACUGAAAAUAUCGCUAGUACACAGCUUCAAUAUUCUAGCCAUAGAGCGUUUUCUUUAUCAUUCAACCUACUCUACAGUUACCGUUACGAAAACAGUUUACAGCUUUGAACAGAAUUUCAUCCGACCGAAGAAAGUUAAAGUUUCAGCAGAAUACAGUUUUACCAGCAUCGGAGUAUACCGCUCCUAUCAGAUCGAGGUGCGAAGAACCUCGAGCUCGACAUCAGAGACCAUGGGUUUCAACGAUAUUACCAGGAGAGUUAUUUCUACUAUUACAGCCGACGUCUUCGUGUUACCCGAAGAUGAUCCGAUUGCUUAAUUCUUCAGACCUGUUUAAUAGACUAGCUGAUCAGCUGCAGCUGCACCAGAAGAAGAAAAUACUACUUACUACAUCAGAACUUUUCGCUGAAUAAUAAUGUACCACUCCGUGACGACUAGUAUCUUCAGUAUGCUUCUAAUCCUCAGAGGACACAACUCAGGAGAAGUAGACCAUGAAAACACGAUGCGGAGGACUUGCAUGCUCCUGCGGAAAUCGCGUCCAUGGUUUUCGAUUUUUGUGGAGCUUUUGCACAGUACUAGGCGCAACACCACUCAAACUUACCUGUAUAGUACUAGAUGAGAGCAGAUCAUGGAAGAGGUGGGACAACACAAAAGCCGAGGAUGGAAAUGAAGCGACAAGCGAACUAAAACAGUGGAUAAUGCAGGAGACACUUGAUAAUGUGAAAGCG